AUGAAGUUCACCGCGUCGAUACAGCUACUCGCCGCAGUAGCUGCGGCGAGGGUAAACGCUGCCUUCACGUGGCAGAAUGUCAAGAUCGGCGGCGGCGGGGGGUUCGUCCCUGGCAUUGUCUUCCAUCCCACAGCUAAGGGCGUCGCGUAUGCCCGGACUGACAUCGGUGGCCUAUACCGACUGAACGCGAACGACGACUCCUGGACGCCGGUAACCGAUACUAUUGCUGACCACGACAAUUGGCACAACUGGGGCAUCGAUGCUGUCGCUCUCGACCCCCAGAACCCAAAUGCCGUAUAUGCCGCUGUUGGGAUGUACACAAACGAUUGGGACCCGAAACCCGGUUCUAUCAUCCGGAGCAGUGAUAAAGGCGCCACAUGGCAGGUCGCCGACCUGCCCUUCAAGAUCGGAGGCAACAUGCCCGGUCGUGGCAUGGGCGAGCGUCUUGCCGUCGACCCGGCCAACCCCAAGAUUCUGUAUUUCGGUGCUCGUAGCGGCAAUGGCCUUUGGAAGAGUACGGACGGCGGAGCGAGCUUCUCUAAGGUCUCCUCGUUUGGCGCAGUAGGAACAUUUAUCCCGGACCCCAAUGACGUCGGGGGCUACAAUGGAGAUAAGCAAGGUUUGGCCUUUGUGACGUUCGACUCCACGAGUGGCACGACGGGAGGUGCUACUAAGAGAAUCUUCGUGGGUACGGCGGACAACACGACCGCAAGCGUUUACGUCUCGGAGGACGCCGGAUCGACUUGGAACCCCGUCGGAGGCCAACCGGGAACCUAUUUCCCGCACAAGGGCGUGCUCCAACCGCAGGAAAAGGCGCUAUACCUCACCUAUAGUGACGGGACCGGACCCUAUGACGGGACCAAGGGUGCGGUGUACAGAUACGACAUCGCGGCGAGCACGUGGAAGGAUAUUACGCCGGCGUCAGGGAGCGAUCUAUACUUCGGCUUCGGAGGCCUCGGUGUGGAUAUGCUGAAGCCCGGCACAAUCGUGGUGGCGACUUUGAAUUCGUGGUGGCCAGACGCGCAACUCUUCCGGUCCACCGACUCGGGCGCCACCUGGUCCAAGAUCUGGGAAUGGGGGAAUUACCCGGAAAUGAACUUGCGUUACACGAUCGGCGCCUCGAAGGCACCCUGGAUAAAGAAGGGUUUCAUUGACACCGACACGAAGGACCUUGGUUGGAUGAUUGAGGCAUUGGCUAUCGAUCCUCUUGACAGUGACCACUGGCUCUAUGCCACCGGCUUGACCGUAUACGGCGGUCACGAUCUGACAAAGUGGGGAUCGUCGAGCAAGGUGACGAUCGAGUCUCUGGCCGAUGGCAUUGAGGAGUUUGCCGUCCAAGAUCUUAUUUCGCCACCCGGGGGAAGCGAGUUGCUGGCUGCUGUGGGAGACGAUAACGGCUUCACCUUCAAGGAUGCGGCUAGUUUGACGACUGCUCCUAGCACGCCUUGGAUGGACCCGAUCUGGUCGACGUCCUUGAGCGUCGAUUAUGCUGGAGCGUCGGUGAAAAACAUUGUCCGUGUUGGCAACACAGCUGGCUCGCAGCAAGUCGCGCUCUCGGGCGACGGCGGCGCAAGCUGGUACGUCUACUCAGGCGCAAACACCAAUAUGAAUGGCGGCACUAUAGCAUACUCCGCGAACGGGGACACGUUGGUGUGGUCGACGGGCACAAACGGAGUGCAGCGCUCCCAGUACCAGGCCAGUUUCUCCUCCGUCUCGAGUCUUCCCUCGGGCGCCGCCGUUGCCUCGGACAAGCGUAACAACACCGUCUUCUACGGUGGCUCCGGUUCCAACUUCUACGUCAGUACCGACACCGGAUCCUCGUUCUCGAGGGCCGGGUCCCUGGGUAGUGCCACGGCAGUGCGUGAUAUCGCAGCGCAUCCGACGGUAGCGGGUGACGUGUGGGUGUCGACCGACGCAGGUAUCUUCCACUCGACCAACUACGGCUCCUCGUUCACCCAAGUGUCCACGGCACUAAAGAACACUUACCAAAUCGCGCUCGGGAAAGGAUCGGAAAACACGUGGAAUGUGUACGCAUUCGGCACGGGAUCCGCAGGAGCUAGGCUAUACGGUAGCGCAGAUAGUGGUGCUUCGUGGACUGAUCUCCAAGGUAGCCAGACCUUCGGCGCCAUCGACAGCUGUAGAGUAGCCGGCAGCGGAAACGCGGCAGGACAGGUGUACGUGGGGACGAACGGGCGCGGAGUCUUCUACGCUUCCGGUACGCUCCGGAAGAGGGACCUGUGGGCGUAA